CACCCAUCCCACUCCCUGCUGCUUCUGCAAGGCCAACACCCGCUACGCGCCCGCAUUCUUGGAAAUCGGAUUCUGUCUGCGAUUGGUGCGGGCCCCUGAUCUCGAUCCGUGUGGAAUUGCUGCGGUGAGAUGGAUGGGGUAGUCUGGCUGCUGCUAAGCGCCGGCGACUGUUUGGAACGGCCACGCCAGAGACAUGCAAAGCAAAGCCCAAGACCGAAGCGCUGGCCUCAGCCUCCCCGCACGCAUGGGCGAGGUCGGCGAACCAACCCUGAGACGUGUUUCAAUGUGAGGGAGAGGGAGAUUUGGGGUACCUAUAAGGCGGGGAGGCCAUGGUGGUGCAGCCAGCGUGCAGAUGCUCCAUCUACUGUAUGCAGGCAGCUGAGCAUUUACCGUUUGCCGGCCGUAUGUAGGCACGUCUUACGCGCAUUCUUUUUUCUCGGUUUUCUCUUCCUCUUCGCUUUUUCGCUUCCUUGAUUUUCUUUUCGGAAUUCUGCUUCUCGACUUGCUGGUUCUGCGCUGCGCCUGGUGUGUUGGUCAGUCCACGACGUUUGCACGAUUGGGAUUUGACUUGAACUUCUCCUACCUACCUGCCUACCUACUAUUUUGCUUGAGUCGAUCGAUUUCGAUACUUUCCGAGUUACUGCGCUGGACGUUA